AAAAACUAGAUAAAUAGCAAUGGUCAGUGGUGGUCAGUGGUCGUUGUGGCCUCUAUCGAUUUCCACACAAAAACUUUACUGUUUAGUAAUAGAAAAGAACUUGAGAAAGGCAGCCAAAAGAAUGUACGAUCUGACGGGUAAGCAUGUCUGCUAUGUGGCUGACUGCGGUGGUAUUGCACUGGAGACCAGCAAGGUUCUCAUGACCAAGAAUAUAGCGAAACUGGCCAUCCUUCAGAGCGUGGAGAACCCCCCGGCCAUCGCUCAGUUACAAUCGAUUAAGCACAGCACACAGAUCUUCUUCUGGACCUUCGAUGUGACCAUGGCCCGCGAGGAGAUGAAGAAGUACUUCGAUGAGGUCAUGGUCCAGAUGGACUACAUCGAUGUGCUGAUCAAUGGGGCCACCCUGUGCGAUGAGCGGAACAUUGAUGCCACCAUCAAUACGAAUCUGACCGGCAUGAUGAACACCGUGGCCACUGUGCUGCCCUAUAUGGACCGAAAGAUGGGCGGUUCGGGUGGACUGAUUGUGAAUGUCACCUCCGUCAUAGGACUGGAUCCAUCGCCAGUCUUUUGUGCGUACAGUGCCUCAAAGUUUGGUGUGAUUGGGUUCACCAGAAGUCUAGCGGAUCCCCUGUAUUACACCCAAAAUGGUGUGGCUGUCAUGGCCGUCUGCUGCGGUCCCACCAAAGUGUUUGUCGAUCGGGAACUGACUGCUUUCCUGGAAUACGGCCAGUCCUUUGCCGAUCGCCUGCGUCGUGCCCCCUGCCAAUCGACGGCCGUCUGCGGCCAGAAUAUAGUAAAUGCCAUCGAGAGAUCGGAGAACGGACAGAUCUGGAUUGCCGACAAGGGCGGCCUGGAGUCGGUGUGCCUCCACUGGUAUUGGCAUAUGGCCGAUCAGUUUGUGAACUAUAUGCAGAGCACUGACGAUGAGGAUCAGGAGUUUUUUUUGGGGCAGCGAUAAUGCAUGUCUUGAUCCACGGAAUAAAACAUCAAAUGUGUCACAAAAA